AUGUCAUUCGUGGCCGACCAGGUCCAGCGAAUCGACAGCCAGCUCGACCGCCUACCGCUAUCCGCGGCGGGCUUGUCCGUGUCCGCCGCGGCAACGACAGCGGACACUGGUGCCGUGCACGUCAACCAAGCGCGCAUCACACACCUGCAGAACCUGAUAAAGUCGCUUUCGACCUCGCAGAAUAAGAAGUCGCUACUCUCGCGUGACCGCAUCCGCGCGGUGCUCCAGCAGGCGCGCAUCGCCGACGACUGCUCGACAUGCCAACAACACUUUGUCUCAUACAAGCAAACCACGGAGAUUGAGCGCGAUGGUGGAGAAGAGGACGGCGAACACCACCAGCAUUGGGAGGAAGAGCGGCGAUACUCGGUGACGGACGCGGUGGAGCCCAGCUACGAGCAUGAGCUGGAGUGGCUGCUACUGAGCAAGGCGACAGCGCACACGUACGGCCUGGUGCUCAACUCGAUCCUCGAGCAGACGCUACCGCUGUCGGACGACAUCUGGUACUGGGAUGAUAUCCUAGGGUCGGCGCGGCACGCCUCGAUCUACUCGGUGCAGACGAGCCCGCUGCGCGUGUGGGCGUGGUCUAAGGCUGUGUACCAGGACGUGCGGCGUCGCGGCGGCGAGGGCGUUCUGGGCCGCGAGGGCUGGAGCCAGUUCUACGGGUUGGUGCAGGAGGUGGUGCGUGAGCGCAGCCUGGUGCAGGUGCAGCGCAAGGUGCUGAGCCCGCUGGCGCUGGUGCGCAACGAGGCGCGCGCGAAGCAGAGCGCGCUCAAGCGCAUCCGGCUGAUCAAUGCGAACGCGCUGGGCGUGCUGCUGGGCGAGGGCCUGAGCAACCAGAGCUCGCAUGACGAAGGCUUCCGCACGCCGACGGCCGGAGCCCAGAGCGAAGAUGCGCGACAUCGAUGGAAGAGCGCAGUGACACGGUCGAUCGCGCUGAUGGACAUCGUGCUGCAAGAGGUCGCGGACCCGCAUGUGCCGGUCGACGACUUCGACAACGCGGUCGCGGCGAGGACGGAUCAGGAUCGGUAUUAUCAGAUUUUGGAGGCAUCCGACUACAGCGCGCUGAGCUUGAAUCCGGCCAUGGUGACGGAGCGCCUGACGACGAUCUUGGACACGCAUUUGAGCAGCUACCAGGCCGAGCUGCGGGCCAGAACGAGAGAGCAUGGGAGACCGUCUGGAAUCAUCCGCUACUGGCUGCCCGCGACUGUUUUACUGGUCUCGUCAACUACCAUCUACCGCAUUGUCAUGGGCCACCGUAACGAGAUUAUUGCGUCGAUACGAGACUUGGGCCGGACCACUAUAGAUUUCUUCAACAACUGGAUAAUAGAGCCGACAAAGAAGAUCAUUGGCACCAUCCGUCACGACGAAGACAGCGAGGUCUCGAUCAUGAGUAAGCGUAGCCUGGAGGGCGACAGAGCGAGUCUGGAACGCAUGGUUGUGGAUUUUGCCAUUCAGAACCCGGAGAAUGGAAGUCUCAGCGAGGUGCAGAUCGCGGAGAUGCGGCAGAAAGUCAGAGAAGGUGACCUGACACCGGUGCUGAAGGCGUACGAGAAGGACAUGCAGAAGCCCAUUGUUGGCGCGAUCACGGGUAAUCUCAUCAGGACCCUUCUCAUUCAGAUCCAGAAGACAAAGGUGGACGUGGAAGUGGCUAUGGCUGGCAUUGACUCGAUUCUGAAGAGCCAGGAGCUGCUGUUUGGCUUCAUCGGACUCACGCCCGGCGUCAUGGUGUGCAUCGGCAUUACGAGAUAUCUUCAGGGCACUUUCGGCAGCCGCAAAGGUGUGCGGAAGUCGGAGGCAUCGAGCCAUAUGAUGCGUGUGUUCAGGAACAUCGACCGCAUCUUAACAAAUGCUCACCCUACCAAGUACGGCGAGCUUUUCUACAAGGACCACGGUCUGCUUCUUUGUGAGGUGCACGUUCUGCGCCAACUCGCGAACAGGAUUAUGCCAGGGCGGGUGUUCCAUGAUUUCCUCGAGGAGCUGGACGAUCUGGUGGAUAUCCGCACAGGCGUUGCCAAGCAGCGCAAGGUGGUGAAGCGCAUGCGGUGGGCGUACGCAAAGUGGCUGUGA